GUAGGCUUUUGUGUUGAGAGGUUGUCAGGACUGUUUAUGUGUUGACCUUUUGCAUGUUUAUAUCCUUGCCUAAUGCUGAAUUCAUACUUCACUAGCUUUCGGAUUAAUGCUGUAAACAUUCUGUACUUUUGCAUUUCUAACUAAUAAAAGACACAAGUUUAUACAGCUGGCUCGAUCGACGGAGUUUGGCUUUAUCUGAUUGGUUGUUGAUUUAUUAGAACAUGGUCAGAGUUUCAGCCAAACAAAUGAUAGCUGGAGAAAACAGCUGAAGACAUCUGGAUCUGGUUGACUGUUACCAAGAAGGACGUGUUUGUAAUCAAGGGCGGACCCCACAGCAGCAGUGACACCAUGAGGUUCCAGGCUCUGUUCUUUCUCCUGCUCCUGACAUGCAUGUAUCUCACUCUGGCUCAAGGGUCGUAUGAGAACUGCUGCCUGAGGCAUGUUACUGGCCUGAAGAAGAGUACCAAGAGGAAUGUUGUAAGCUACAGGAUACAGGAAACAGAUGGAGGCUGCAACAUCAAGGCCGUUGUGUUCAUACUGAAGAAAGGGAAGACUGUUUGUGCCAAUCCCAGCCACAAAUGGGUACAGCAUCUGAGGACUGUGGUCGAUAAGACUCAAGGGAAUGAGGGGAUGUAGUUGAUCAGUUGCUUCGUUGGAGGAUCUUUCAACCAGUGUAUGCCAAUUUC